UCGACAUCUGCAGUUGGAAUUCCGGCAUUUUUUUGCCCAUGCCGGGUCAGGGCCGCCCCGCCAAGCCGGUUCGCGGGGCCGAGACACGGAUCUCAAACAGCUAAAGGUGACUUCGUCCCUGCCACAAACACUGGUUGUCGUGCAACAUCAGUCCGUUCCCCGCGACUGUCUUGCUGAGGUUCUCUUUCCUUCUGUGCUCCCGCGACUUGGACCACUUAGCUUCCAAUUCGGUCUUGACAACCCCGCAAGGUGGAAUUAAGAGGGAUGGGGCCAUGCUGGUGAAGCAACGAGGGUUGUGCUAAUUACCUCUCUACCGUGAUACGAGUCUCGGUCGUCAAGGUGCAAGGCACUUGGUAUUUGCUAUUCGCUUUUCACUAGAAUCGCUGCAACCGCACGAACUUAGCCGAAAUGUAUCGUUUAACAUGGUACUCUUUCGUCAUACCGUUGCUGGCGACGGCGACGGCACAAGUCUGGGAUGACAACCAGCAGCCAUUGACGGGCACAUUCGACGAGACAGCGUGUCCAGACUACGUCAGCUAUGCUGCCUUCCCUCAUCCCCCACCCACCAAGGGGCCCCUCAAGCUCCCUUUCCAACGACCCAACCCCCGCUGUCGGACCUUCCACUCAGAUGCGAUCGAGAAAGUGAUCAACGACAUUACCUCCCGAAUGAAGGAUCCCGACCUCGCCCGGCUGUUCGAGAACGCUUUCCCCUCUACCACCGACACAACAGUCAAGUUCCACACGGACGGGAAGGAUGAGAAAAUCAAGCAGAAGCUACGCAGCCGGAAGGAGAAGGAUCCUUGGCGCGAGGAGGGCGAAUGGGCGGGGCCCCAGUCCUUCAUCAUCACGGGCGAUAUUCUGGCCGAGUGGCUGCGGGACAGCACCAACCAGUUGAAGCCGUACCAGGCGCUGGCGACGAAGGACCCAGCCAUCUUCAACCUGAUACUGGGCGCCAUCAACACGCAGAGCGAAUACGUGAUCCAGUCCCCAUACUGCAACGCCUUCCAGCCACCACCCAUCUCCGGGCUCCCCGUCAGCUACAACGGGCAGGACGAUGCCGUGCACCCAAUCUACGAGCCCACCGCCGUCUUCGAAUGCAAGUACGAGCUCGACUCGCUGGCGCACUUCCUCGCCUUGGCCAACGAAUUCCACCGCCACACAGGCAGCAGGGACUUCCUGAACUCGCGUUGGUACAAGGCCGUGGGCACCCUUCUCUCCGUCCUCGAGGCUCAAAGUCAGAGCACCUUCGAUUCGGAAGGGACCUACCGGCAAAACAUCUACACAUUCCAGCGCAACACCAACACGGGCACCGAAACCCUCAACCUCGGCGGCAUCGGCAACCCGCUGAACAACGGCACGGGCCUCAUCCGCUCAGCCUUCCGGCCCAGCGACGACGCGACCAUCUUCGGCUUCUUCGUCCCGGCCAACGCGCAAAUGGCCGUCGAGCUGAAGCGCACGGCCGCCAUCCUCCGGAAGUCGACGGGGUCGCACACGGAUGCCGAGCUGGCGCAGACGCUCGAGGACUGGGGGCAGCGCAUCACCGACGGCAUCCUCGAGCACGGCGUGGUCAGCCACCGCAAGUACGGCGACGUCUUCGCAUACGAGGUCGACGGCUACGGCAGCGCCCUGCUCAUGGACGACGCCAACUACCCGAGCCUGCUCGCCCUGCCGCUGAUGGGCUUCGUCACGGCCGACGACCCGACGUAUCAGAAUACGAGGCGGAUGCUGUUGGAUAAGGCUGGGAAUCCGUACUUUUUGACGGGGCAGGCCUUCCAGGGCAUCGGAGGUCCGCAUAUUGGCCUGCAAAAUGCGUGGCCCAUGAGCCUGCUGGUGCAGGCGCAGACGUCAGAUGACGACGAGGAAAUCAUGGGGUGCUUGCAGCUGGUGCUCAACUCGAGCAAGUUGGGGCUGAUUCAUGAGAGUGUCAACGUGAAUUACCUUCACUCAUACACGCGGAGCUGGUUUGCCUGGGCCAACGGAGUGUUUGCCGAGACCAUAUUGAACUUGGCGAAACGGAAACCCCAUCUGAUAUUCGAGGAUUCGAAGCCGUAUGAGUUGUAGUUGGGCCACACAAGAAAUUGUGUUAUACUAGUCUCAGGGUCGUUCUGACGACUGAUAGGGGGAAAUGGCCCAUUCCCUACUCACUAGAUUUCCGCAAGCAUUAGGUUUCAAGCAUUGGCCCCUUCACAUACCGUAC